UUAAAUAUAUAUACAUUUUUUUAAAAGCCAAAAACAUGGAAGUGGGAUACAUUAGUGAUUAAAUAUAAGAGUAUAUAGUCUAUAGCAGCUUUUUAAAAUAAUCAACUACUCUAGUUAUCUAGCAGCAACGUUGUCUAAUGAUUGUUAGACAGUUUGUUUCAAUCAGUAGAUGUUUUGUUCCAAUAUUUCAUACAGAUGUAGGUGUCUCUGAUCAUCACAUUAGCAAGAACAAAACAGUUCCUACUUAAAUUCUUUACUGACAUUUGUAAGAGUAAUUACAAUACCUCAACUUCACAUAAUGUGUUAAUUGUCACCUUCAUAUUCCAGAGUACAAAAUAGGCUGCAUACUUCAUUAAUAUUUUUUUCUCCAAUGCAGACCGUAAGUGGAUGGAAAUUCCCAGGAGGUCUGUCUAAUCCUGGCGAAGACAUUGGAGACACGGCAGUUCGAGAGGUUUUUGAAGAGACUGGCAUCAAGUCAGAGUUCAAGUCCAUCCUAAGCAUAAGACAGCAACACAAACACCCUGGAGCCUUUGGGAAGUCAGACAUGUACAUCAUCUGUCGCCUGCAGCCCUCCUCCUUCACCAUCAACUUCUGCCAGCAGGAAUGCUUGCGGUGUGAGUGGAUGGACCUGGACGAGCUUGCCAGGACAAAACACGCUACUCCUAUCACGAGCAACGUAGCUAAGCUGUUACUUUAUGGAUAUCGGGAAGGGUUUGAUAAAAUUGAUAUAACCAUGAGAGAGUUUCCAGCUGUAUACACAGGCCUCUUCUACAAACUAUACCACAAGGAGCUGCCUGAAUCCUACAGAAACAUUACAUGAUAGCAACAAAUUUCACAUUAUUAUAUUAAUAAUUUACGAUUUUUAUUCAGAGUUACUUAGACCAUAUUGAAAUUAUUUGUGGACUUCUUAUUUUUGGGAAGAAAAAAAAAUAAAUCAGUAUUUAUUCUCUAAUAAGCUAUAGAUAUAUUAAUUAUUUUAAAUGGCAAGUUUUCCUGUUAGCGUGCAUCAGAUUAGUUUUCUUUUACUCCGUAAAGUGAAUAUAAAGUAAAUAAAAUAGCUCUAUAGAAAUCUCUAGCAGAAAAUAGAGGUGUUACUGAUCCUGAAAAUAGAUUCUCUACGUAAUUUUACCUCCACACACACUGGCACAAUAGGUUUACAGAGCAGUAUGAAGACAGGAAGAAACAUUCAUGUUUUAAUUUUUCUGCAAAAGUAGCUGGUAUCAGCAAAUAACUGCUUCUAUUUUUACUAGUUUGGUGAGGAGUAAGAAACUCUGCCUCUUAAAGUGUAGUGUGGCAUACAUUCAGAACCCACCAUGCAAAUCAGCUUUUAGCAGACAUUGGAAGAAAAAGGAUAGCUUUCUGUCCAGGUCCAGUUUUUGGUCCGGGCUUGUACUGUCCAGUUCUUUUCAGUGCCACAUACCAAUCAGAGUACUUCCGUGACCGGUAAGUGUUAUAAUUAUUAGAUUCCAAACGCUCAAAAAAGAAACAUUCUUCUGUUGCACAUUUCUAAAAGAGAAAAAGAAAGGGAUUAUUGAUACUUCAUCAGCAGUUGGUCUGACUUACAGGACUAAUUUAUGAUAUCAACUUAGCAGUACGUUCAGAUUUAAGAAAUUUGUAUGAAAUGUUUUGUGCUUAAAGAAAAAUACAAUUACUGUUAAUGUACUGUUUAAAACACGUACAAAAAUAAUUUUUAACUAUGAUUCGUUAAUUGUCUUUAAUAAAGACAAAGCAGAUUCUA